AUGGCUGGUGGUGACGCCAAGAAGGGUGCUUCCCUCUUCAAGACCCGUUGCGCUCAGUGCCACACCGUCGAGGCUGGCGGCGGCAACAAGAUCGGCCCUGCGCUGCACGGCCUCUUCGGCCGCAAGACCGGUUCCGUCGACGGCUACUCCUACACCGAUGCCAACAAGCAGAAGGGCAUUGAGUGGAACAACGACACUCUGUUCGAGUACCUCGAGAACCCCAAGAAGUACAUCCCCGGCACCAAGAUGGCCUUCGGUGGUCUCAAGAAGGCCAAGGACAGGAACGACCUGAUCGCCUACCUCAAGGACGCUACCGCCUAA